AUGAAUGUUUUCAAUCCUCGCAUUCUGGAUGCCAGCAUCCGCGAUGUGACGGGGUGUCUGUCCGACAUUCAAAAGGCUGAUGUUCUUCUCCAUGCCUUGCAUCUUUUGCCAUCUGAAGGGUCCCGAAUUGUCAUGGAGAACGCUAUCCAGUCCUUUCUCCAAGUUUCGGGUGUUCCACCAGCAGAUGUUGCAAGAGCUCUUUUGUUACGUGCCAAAACCCGUUUAGCAGCUGGGUACCGAACUUCUGCCCAACAAGAUUUGUUGUCCGUACUAUGUUCAGAUCCCGCAAAUCAAGACGUCAAAGCCCUAAUACAAUCUGAGCAUUUACGACAAGAAAUGCUUAUCAGGGAACCCGAUGGUCCCCCUCGUUUUUCUGCCGAAGUCUGGAGAGAAAUCGCUCUCUGUCUCCCAAAACGUGAUCUGAAGUCUCUUUUAUUGGUCCCACAUGCACUCUCUCGCAUAGCAAGUCAACUUAUUUUCCGCGAGAUCGAUCUACAUUUCACGGCAUCGCCGGAUCCCCCGAAAGCUGAGAACAGGUACAGGGGUGUUCAUGGCGGCCAAGAGGAGCAGGAGCUCGACGCUUGGCACUACCAGCGAAGUGCCGAUAUUCUUACACGCAUCCUUGUCGAUCCCGUCUUUGCCUCGCAGGUCAAAAGUUUAAGCGUAUAUGCUGUUGGUUCAGACGCCUCACACACAUCGGCAUUUCAGAUUGGAAUGUUGAUUAACUCUCUGCCUAAGCUCUGCAACCUUCGCAAUGCGCAUUGUUCAGGUAACAGGGAAUUAAUCAAUCGCAUGCUUGAGACAAUGUGUACCUCAAACCAUCGUCUUUACAGCCUGUCUAUCAAUCUUGUUGAUCGUUCAGGCGACGUCGACAUCCCACCAUUCAAGCACAUCACACAUUUCUCCAUCACGGCCGAAGGAGGGAAUAGUACAUCUACCCAUGACUUUAUAUCACAUAGUCAUGACAAUCUGCGCUCGCUGGCAAUCAAGAACGCACGCUGGAAAUUCCCAACGGAAAUCAUCUCUGUCCGUCACUUGACAGCUAUCGACUUCGAGGGCUGUUUUUCCGCAGAUAGCCAGGUCUUCUCUGAGAUAUUGUCCACCGGCCAUCAACUGGAGUCGCUGACGUUGUCAGGUAUUCUGGAAUGCACUCCAUCAGCCACGUUCCGCCUGUAUAGGACCUCGCUUCCAUCAACUAGUCUGCAUCGUCACGUCACGGACAGGGACCUUGUACCUGCUAUCUCGGAAUUCUUGAGAGAUCGCAAGCAUCUACGUUCCUUCCACCUAAUCGUGCCUAACGCGGACCAUCGUCGUAUUGGUUUUGAUGCGUCUGCUUGGGGUGUACUACCUUCUCUAACGAACCUCCGCAGUCUUUGUAUCACUUAUCCUAGAGAUCUUUCUCCUUCGCUAGCAGGGUGGCUUAUUCCGCGCAGUGUUCGUGCGCUCACUAUGGAGAUUAUGGCACCGCCUGCAGAGGACCUUCUCCUAUUCAUAAACCAACUGCGUCCCGGAGUCCCUCCCCUUCUCACGUUUAUUGGUAUGACAAACUUCCCGAUGCGUUCCGUCAUGAACGCAGUCGACCACGGCUUUUCCAACCUGCGGCUUCUGCGAAUCGAUGAGAAUGUCUGGAGUGUCAUCCGCUCAGAUGAUGGGUCGAUAGAAAUGGAGCAUACUAUACGACGGACAUGGUUAGAGUCCCUCGGGUGCGAGGAUGCAACACGGCAUUUGGCAUGGUAA